AUGUAGUAUGUAUCUCUUAACUUAAAUACUUCCUGAUAACCCAACUUUCUGGUGUUCGAAAUGAGUUGAGUUGAGUAGAGUAGAGUAGAAUAGUGAUACCUACUCUACUCUACUCUACUUUACUUAACAGAACAACCUACUCACCCAAACUACCCCUCUCCCCCGCUCCCCCCAUCUAAAACAAACCCAGCAACCUUCCGCAGCACCCCAGGAAACUGCACCAGCUCCCCCUUCCAAAUCCGCAACACCGUAAUCAAGAACCUGCACGGAACAAGCACGUCCGAAAACAUCGCAUCCUUGAAAUGUGCCGCGGUGACGUGUCCGAACAUCACGAUCGAGGGGACGGACGUGAGGAGUGUGAGUAGUGGGGUGCUGGUGGAGCGGUAUUCGUGUGUGAAUGUUAGGGGGGAGAGGGGGUUUGUUUGUGUGUGGGGGUGGGGGAUGAGGGUAUGUGGUGUUGGGGGAUGA